AGUACGAUUUUAGUCCCUAACGUAGAGGUCGAAAAUUUAUUUCGUUCUCAACCUUUUUUUCGCUACAAAAUGGUCCUAAAGGUUUUAAUUUGUUUUAAAAUCGUUCUUCGGACGAAAAUACUCCUCCCCUUCUUUCCCAAAUCAACCAAAAGCGAAGCUGAACCCAGAAGCUGAAGCAGAACAGAAACAAAAGCAAAACAGAAGCAGAAACAACACCAAUGAACUCAGAACUCAGAAAAAUCAUCAUCAUCAAAACUCAAAAAAUCAUCAUCUGAACUCAAACAAACAACAAUAAAAACAGCAAGAAAUAGAAGAACAACAAUAAUAUAAGAACAACAACCCAGAACUCAAAAUCAUCGUCAUCGUCAAAAUUCAGAACCCAAAAUCAGAAAAACGAAAACCCAUAACUUAGAACUCAAUCGAUAAUGGAAUCAAAAGAACAACAACAACACAGAAACCAGAUUGAUAAUCGUAAGCAUGCAGAAACAGCAGAACCAGAAGAAACCACAAGAAACCAGAAAUCAGAAACCGGCGAGGAGCAGCGACCCCAGCGGCCGAGCGAGGAGGAGGAACAGAAACGGCGACCGGCGCACGACGUCCACCCUCGCAGAUCUGCUGGCGCCGACGUCGAUUCAGGAAGAGGAGCAGCGGCGACAUCUGGCGGUGAGAUCCAACGGAGACGACGAGGAGCAGCGGUGGCAGCGACAGCGAAGAGCGGCGGCGUCCGUGAAGACCGGUGGCGGCGGCGAGGACCCUUCCCCUUCCCUCUCUUCUUCCCGAAACCCCCCUCCCCCCUCUUCUCCCUUCGCGUUCCCUUCCCCCUUUCCCCGAGGAGCAGAGCGGCGGCGGCAGCGAAGAGCGGCGGCGGUAAUAAUGAAGACCGGUGGCGGCGAGAAGAAGAAGAAGAAGAAGAAAGUGGUGGUGCAGGGCGGCAAGGCGGCGACAAGGCGGUGCGAUGGUGCGGCGGUGGUGCGGUGACAUUUUACUGUACAAAGAGACAUGAGGGAACUAGUGAAGGUGAUGAUAGGAAAAAAGGCAAUCAACAAAUAAGAACCACAUGUGAGAAACAGUAA